UAGAGUGCAGCGCGUCUCCCCUUCACCGAGCUGAACAUGUGCGCAGUUCUUGCAUCCGAACGUAGAUUCUUGGAACUCUCCAGCUCCUCGCUCUAAUUUGGAAAAGAAGCACAGAGAUCAUCGCAUUUCAUAGCCCCACUGAACCCCAAUGAUUAGUGGAGAGUGUUAGUGACAGCCGCGUUUUCAGCUGAUGAACUCCGGAAUUUUCAUUCAAACGCGAGACUGAGCGCGAAGCUGCUACAAUCGUAUCAUCGGUGCAUUUGUAUUUGGAUCCGUCCAACUUCCAUAACGUUAAAAUUGGACAUUGGGAGACUGACGUAUGAUCCGUACUCCGAACUGAUUCGAUUUAAUCAGUUUAUUCCCCCAUCAGCUAACUGUUCCAUGGAUCUGGAGAAGAGGAAGACACUCUUUAGUGCGUGCGCCUUGAUCGCGCUUAUGCCGGCCUGUUUCACCUCCUAUGUGCCGUGCGAGCCGUGCGAUCAGAAGGCGCUCUCCAUGUGUCCACCCGUACCCACGGGCUGCCAGGCGGUGAAGGAGCCGGGCUGCGGCUGCUGCUUGACCUGCGCGCUGCGGUUAGGAGAUGAGUGCGGCGUCUACACGGGCACGUGCGCCACGGGUCUGCGCUGCCUACCGCGCCUCGGUGAGGAGAAGCCGCUGCAUGCGCUGCUACACGGCAGGGGGGUGUGUAUGAACAAGAAAGGCUACAUGCCGGCCCAGGAUCAAGAGGAUGUCCCAGGGCCAGUGACUGAGGAUCUACAUCACCAUUCCAAGGUGCCAUUGUUUCCUCGAGACCACUUCAAUAACAAGAAGGUCCUGGCUGUUCAUAAGGAUAGGAAGCAGCUACAGUCCAAGCUCAGGACCAUGGGCCAUAUGGACUAUUCCCGCAUCAGAAUAGAGAAAGCCCAACCUGAAAUGGGACUGUGUCGGAGGAAGCUGGACAUAAUUGUCCAGAGGAUGAAGGACAUGCCUAGAGUCAUGGCUCUGUCUCUCUAUCUGCCAAACUGUGACAAGAAAGGCUUCUUCAAGCGCAAACAGUGUAAGCCCUCCAGAGGGCGGAAGCGAGGCAUUUGCUGGUGCGUAGAUAAAUAUGGGGCCAUGAUGCUGGGAACUGACUACAGUGGAGGCAACAUCCAGUGCAGCGAUCCAGAGAACAACAGCAACAACAAAUGAAGAGUCUCCUUGUUGAUAACAGGUCCAAUCUCCAGCUUUUUGCCAUAUUCUGUUAACUACCAAAUCACCUAAAGAAUCUGUAAAAAGCCUCUCAUUCAUGUAUGUAUAGUCAAAGCUAGAAAACAGAUUUGUAUACAUAAGAUUUGUAUGUACCUAAUUCAUGUCCUUUCGUAGCUCAUACAUUUUUGGGACUGAAAUAUCAGUCAUCUCAGCAGCAAACAAUCAAUAAUCGAUAAUUAUAUGUUUAAUAAAUUGUACUAAGAUGCAUAGCAAACAAUGGAAUUAUGAAAAUAUUUUUUUUCAGUACUAGAGCACUUUAAGUACUUUCAGAGCACUUUUCCAUAUAAUCUUAAAUGUGUGGCUCUUUUUUUUUGUUUGCUAUUUUUCUUAAUGCAGGGUAAAUGGUCAGUGCUAAUAUUAUAGCAGCCAUAUGCCUUCCCCCAAAAAUGGCAAUGGUCAAUGACUAUAGAAAGCUAAUCAUAUAAAAUCAAAGCUAAACCUAUGUAAUUGGGAUGAGCUGACAUACAUACAUUUCUCAAUCUCAGUUAAGCCUACCAGAAGCUAAUAAAAUAAGCUAUUUACUGUAUGUGCUUUCCCAUUUCAGAUUUAGUCCCCUUUUUGCUUUGAUAAUAACCUCCACUCUUCUGAGAAGGCUUUUCCACUAGAUUUUGUAAUGUUACUGUUAAAUCAGUCCAUCUAAAGUGGUCCAAUAAUUGUAAUUUUGGUUGUGUGACCAUUUUUAAGUUUAUGAAUUUUUUGUUUUGUGUGAUUACCUCGAUGCAAAGCAGUAAGUAACUACAGCCCAGAAGUCACUUACUGCUUUUAUCACAGGAGAAACAAAGAAACAACACCAUAUCUGUUUAUGACACUGUUCAUUUGUAAAACACCCAACUGAACACUGUAAUUCCAUAUUUGUAUAAAAUCUAUUCACACAUACAAACUGUACACCUGUUCCAACUUGAUAGAUCAGGGGUCUUCAAAUCUGUCCUGCAGCAUUGACUCCAACCCUAAUCAAACACAACCUGAACAAGCUAACCAAGGUCUUCAAUAUUAUUAGAAAAUUACAGGCAAGUAAGUUUGGAGGUUGGCUCUAAACAAUGUAGUGGAACUGUUAGCAAUAUUGAGCAUUACAAUUAAACUUAAGCUCUAAGUCUAAGGAAAAAGAAUGUGCAAAGUGUUUAUAUGUUGAGUUUUCUGUAAACAGCUGUAUAACCAAAAUUUGAUGUGUGCCAUUACACAAAGAUCGUACUUAAACCAAAUAAAAUAAUAAUAAUAUUAAAAAAAAACUGGUGGUUUUGCAAUGGCAAUACAUAGAGGUAAUCAGACAAAAAAGAGGAAAAUUUAAAAUGGUCAAGCAACCUGUAUUGGACCACUUAAAAUGGAGCCACAAGCGCAACAGUGGUGCUCAAAAUUUUGUGAAACUUUUAGAAUGUUCUAUAUUUCUGCAUAAAUACGACCUAAAAUAUCAGGUCAUUUAUUUAUUGAGGAAAAUGAUCCAAUAUUACAUCUGUGAGUGGCAAAAGUAUGUGAACCUUUGUUUUCAGUAUCUGGUGUGAUCCCCUUGUGCAGCAAUAACUGCAACAAAACAUUUCCGGUAACUGUUGAUCAGUCCUGCACAUCGGCUUGGAGGAAUUAUAGCCCAUUCCUCACUAUAAGAGUGACUUACAUUUAUACAACUGAGCAAUUAGGCUCAGUUGUAUAAAUGGGCCUUGCCCAAGGGCCCAACACUGAUAGCUUGGCAGUGCUAGUGGCAGGCCAAAUUAUAAUAGACUAAAUUAUAAAUAUACUGUGUAACAUUUUAUCAUCAAAUGGAUCAAUUCUAUGUCUGUAAAAAAAAAAAAUAAUAAAAAAAAAAGCAGUUUUAAGAAACUUUGAUGAGAUUUUCUUCAAUUUGAAAAUAAUUCUAGGUUCAUAAGAAAGUGAUAAAUGAGCAAAUUUCUUCAUAUCAGAAUAUCAGUGUGUGCUAUUUAUUCACUGCAUAAUUUGUGUUCUUAUUUUUUGUCUCUUUUUUGUAAUAAAAAGCAUUAAUUAUCUACUUGAUUGU